AUGAUAAUUUUUAAACAUGGUUUAAUUAUAGUAUUAUUGAUUAUAUUAGCUGAGAAUUUCAUUAUCACUACUGUUAAUGCAAAUAAUGUCUCGGUUGAAGUUGGUAAAGGUGGUUUAAAGUUUGUACCACAAAAGGUCACAGUUUCAAAUGGAGAUACGGUAAUAUUCAAAUUUGUUAAUCCAAAUAUUCCACACAGCGUAGUUCAAUCAGACAGCGAAAAAUCAUGCACGAGAUCAACAAAAACAGAUGUAUUCGAUUCGAAAGUCAAUCCACCAAGUGAUUUCAUAGUCAAUAUAAAUCAGGAGAGUGGUGCGCUAUAUUACUAUUGUAGUGAAGGAUCUCAUUGUAGCAUUGGUAUGUGGGGUGUAAUAAAUAUUCAAGCUCCAAGUAAUACCUCUUCUAAUUCCCCUACUCCUACUGACUCUCCCAAAUCUGGUGCUACUGAAAGUUCUUUCACUUCUAUAGCUUUAGUCACAUUCAUUGUAUUAUUUUCUAGUUUAUUUAUGGCCAUGUUUAUGGCCUAA